AUGCAGGUGGCGAGCCUGGAUGCGGAGUUGGGGGAGAUGGCCGGUCAGGAUGCACCAACAGCAUGUGGAAAUGAGGAGGUGUUGGAUUACCUAUUCCCGGAGCCUAGGGGGGAGGAAGGUGUGAAUAUGAAGACGAAGGAAGAGGAGGAACGGGCGAAUACGAAAGCGGAGCUUGUUGCGAUCGGCUUCCCCGAAAACCAAAUUGCCGAGGCCAUAAAAGAGCAUCCAACACUUGAAGAUGCUACCAAUUGGAUAUUGGAUAAUUACUAG